UUUUAUAAUUGCGCUAAAUUGUUUUUACUUUACACAAUAAAACUUCAAUUCCCUCGCAGCAUUUCUAAAAUAUUAAUUUUAAUCAGUUCAUUCCAAUACAAGCACUGCCCCCUCUAUCUAUACUUGUACUUAUCAGAUUAAGUUAAACAUGGGCAACGAUGACAAGUUGGAGUAUAUUAAAACUAAAAUUGGAACUUUUCCGGACUUUCCAAAGAAGGGCAUUGUCUUCCGUGACAUUUUUAGUGCGCUGAGAGACCCAACUGCCUGCAAGUACUUGAAAGAAGUUCUUGUGCAACUAGUUAAAGAAAAAUGUCCAAACGCUGAAAUAAUAGUAGGAUUAGAGUCACGUGGUUUCCUAUUCAAUUUUAUGGUAGCAACCGAAUUGGGUCUUGGUUGCGCACCAGUGCGUAAGAAGGGCAAAUUACCGGGUGAACUCAUAUCUGUGGAAUAUGUACUAGAAUAUGGAAAAGACAUUUUUGAAAUGCAAGCCAACGCGAUUAAACCGGGUCAAAAAGUUAUAAUCGUUGAUGACCUACUCGCUACUGGUGGGUCGCUCAAAGCUGCGAUUGAGCUGGUGCGCAAAGCGGGCGGCAAUGUAAUUGGCAGCUUUGUUGUGUUAGAACUGCAAGAUUUACACGGUCGUGAUAAAUUAGAUUGUGAUGUACAUUCUCUAAUCAAAUAUUGAUUGAGAGAAAUGCUGAUGUUUUCAUAUCCACUAUGUGGACACAGUUAAUAAACGCCACAUACUACUCAGACGAACUCAGUGAAACUUUAUAGUAAUUACCAAUUUAUCAAUAAAUGGAUUCAGGGCUAUGUAAAAAUAAGAAUUUUAUACUUUAACGACAUUAAAAUAAUUGUAAAUAUGUGCAUGUAAAUUAAAUGAGAAACCGGAAGCAAUAAACAAAACCCUAUUUUGUUAAAGUAAAUCAAAUGUAA